AUGUCUGAAGGCAAAGAGCAUCUCUCCAUCGUUAUCUGCGGUCACGUCGAUUCCGGCAAGUCCACGACCACGGGUCGUUUGUUAUUCGAACUCGGCGGUAUCCCGGAACGUGAAGUCGAAAAGUUAAAAGCCGAGGCCGAUGCCUUGGGUAAAUCCUCUUUCGCGUUUGCGUUCUAUAUGGAUCGCCAAAAGGAAGAGCGCGAACGUGGUGUGACCAUCUCGUGCACGACCAAGGAGUUUUUCACCGACAAGUGGCACUACACCAUCAUCGACGCGCCGGGGCACAGAGAUUUUAUCAAGAACAUGAUCUCUGGCGCCGCGCAAGCCGAUGUUGCUUUGUUGAUGGUCCCGGCCGAUGGUAACUUUACCACGGCUAUCCAAAAGGGUAACCACAAGGCUGGUGAAGUCCAAGGCCAAACGCGUCAGCACGCGCGUUUGCUUAACUUGUUGGGCGUCAAGCAAUUGAUUGUUGGUAUCAACAAGAUGGAUUGCGACACCGCCGGCUACAAGGAGGAAAGGUACAACGAAAUUCGCGACGAAAUGCGCAACAUGUUGUCCAAGGUCGGUUGGAAGCCUGACUUCGUCUCCAAGUGCGUCCCGGUCUUGCCGAUCUCUGGCUGGAUGGGUGACAACUUGAUCAAGAAGACUACCAACAUGGGCUGGUGGAGCGGCGUCGACGUCGAAAGUUUCGACGGCAAGGCGGAAAAGCACCACAUCGAGUGCUUGUUGGACGUGUUGAACAACAUGGUCAACAGACCGGAACGUAACCCGGAAUUGCCGAUGAGAUUGCCGAUCUCAGGUGUCUACAAGAUCAAGGGUGUCGGGGAUGUCCUCGCCGGCCGCGUCGAACAAGGCGUCGUCAAGCCGGGGGAGGAAGUUGUCUUCUUGCCGACCAACACCACGUCCAACCCGUGUGGUGGUAAGGUUUUCACCGUCGAAAUGCACCACAAGCGUGUCGAAGCUGCCAACCCGGGCGACAACGUUGGUAUGAACGUUAAGGGUCUCGACAAAUUGAACAUGCCGAGAUCUGGCGACGUCAUGGUGUACAAGGCUGACAAGUCUUUGGCGCCGUGCAAGGAAUUCACCGCGCAAGUCCAAACUUUGGACAUUCCGGGUGAAUUGAAGACUGGCUACUCCCCGAUCGGUUUCGUCCGAUGCGGCCGCUCCGCGUGCAAGAUGACGGCGUUGAACUUCAAGGUUGGUAAGGAAACUGGCGGCAAAAAGCUCGAAGGUCCGGCCUCCUUGAAAUCCAACGAAGUCGCCGAGGUCGUCUUUGAACCGGUCCACCCGAUGGUUGUCGAUUCCUUCAAGAAGUGUGAGGGUUUGUCCCGUAUCGCAUUUUUGGACGGUAACACCGCCGUCAUGCUCGGUAAGAUCACGAAAGUGACUUACAAGGAAGGAUAA